AUGUCACUCACGGACACAGGGGCCGCUUUCGUAAAGCCAAUCGUCGACACAGAGCUACUGCAGAAUGAUAAAGAUCCUCUACCUGAUGGUAUAACCUCAGCAAACGGAACUCUCAUGGUAACAGAAUCUAAGAAGACCCAGGCGGGAAACUACUCCUGCCACGCGUCAGAUGGAGAUCAAACUAUAACGGCCAAGAUCACCUUAGAUGUUGUCGUAUCUCCGAGGGUAUUAGAACCUACUCCGGGCCAGCAGAUGCAUGUGACGGUAGGACAGACGGUAUCUCUGAAUUGCUUGGCGGUAGGCGACCCACCACCUACUACCCAUUGGGAUAGAAACCUCAGCAUACUACAUCAACAAAAUGGCACUGACGCCGAUGAAAGUGCAAACUCUUCGAUUUCAAGAUUGGUGAUAUUAAACAACGGCACACUCCUGAUAGUGAACGCGUCGGAGGUAGACUCGGAUCGAUACGGCUGUACGGCCGGCAGUGCUGCGGGGCUGGCGAGGAACGAACUAGAACUGAUCGUACAUCCAGUAGGUGAUCUCCCCCCCUCAGAGUCUUCUGGCGUGGCGGGUAAAGCUGUGUUAGUCUCUAUCACAGUAGCGGGCGCGUACAUGAUACUGGUGCUAGCUCUCAUGAUGUACUGCAGGAGGAGACGGCUGCAGAGGAGGCAGAGAGGAGAGAAAUUAGAAUUGGAAAUGGCAGAAGGCAGAGAGAAGUUAGUAGAAGAAGAUAAGAAGACAAACGGAGCUACUCAGAACGGGAGACUACUGUGUGAUAAAGAGAGUGGAGCUGAUAAUUCAGAAGUUUCCGGUACAUCAAGAACAUCAAAAAAAUCCGGGCAAUAUGAUCACCUCAGUGUACCCAAGACAUUACUCACUGAUAUAAUAACAUUGGGUCGCGGUGAAUUCGGUGACGUGAUGCUGGCGAAGAUAGAUCUCGCUCAAAUAAAGAAAUUGAAAAACAAAGAUGAUGACUCUGAGAGUGUCAUACAACCGGUACUGGUGAAGGCGCUCACUACUAAGGAUAAUGUCCAACUGUGUGAGUUCCGUCGUCAGUUAGACCUGUUCUCUCGCGUGAGGGACGAACGAGUUUGUAGACUACUGGGAUUAUGUACUGAUGAAGAACCUCACUACAUGCUACUAGAACAUACGGACUGGGGUGACUUAAAGACCUUCCUAAUCGCGACCCGGACCCAAGAAGAAAACGAGGAGUACAUAGGUCGUGUGGGCCCUGGUCACGGCCUGCCGCCCACGACCACGAGCAUCGAGCCGCUCGCCCACGGACACAGGCUGGCGCUGGCCGCACACCUGGCUGCCGCCGUGGGCAGGCUCGCCCACAAGAGACUCACGCACAGAGACAUCGCCGCACGUAAUUGCCUCAUAACGUCUUCACUGACCCUCAAACUGUCUUUGCCGGCUCUCACUAGAGGGCCCCACUCACACGAGUACUACAAAAUGCAUGACACGGUAAUUCCCCUUCGUUGGUUGCCCGUUGAAGCGGUUUUGGAAGACGAGUACUCCAUCAAGUCUGAUGUAUAUAUGUAUGGAGCUACUAUAUGGGAGAUAUACACUAAAGCUGAGUUGCCGUUCGCCAAACUGAACGAUAACUCUGUGUUGGAGCGACUCAGGAGUGGCUCGCUGGAAUGGACCACGCCUCAUGACAUGCCUGAGAAACUACAGGAGUUAUUGAACCGUUGUUGGAGUAAGUCUCCCACAGACAGACCACAGUUUCCGGAAAUCUGCGAAGAAAUAAACAACAUGAUAAAAGAUUUGGCGGACAACACUUCACAACACUCUGACAAGCAGGAGAAAUAA